AUGGCUCACGCUCAAUAUCCGCCGUCGCUCUUUUCCUCUCUAAUUACUUGCUUCAUAUUUACUCUCGCCCUGUUCUCCCCAUCCGUGGAUGCGGAAGCAUCGUCUUGCAACGGCCAGCCUGUGUUCUGCGACCGCAAGUAUUCUAGCGUCACUCAACUGGGUGCCCAUGACUCCCCCUUCGUUGGACCCCUUCCGCAGCAGAACCAGAACCUCAAUGUUACUGAACAACUUGAUCUGGGUAUCAGAUACUUGCAGGGCCAAACUCAUAAGGUAGAAAACGACGAUGCCAUUCGGCUGUGUCAUACUUCUUGCGUGCUGGAAGACGCCGGGACCCUGGAGUCUUUCCUCAUCACGGUCAAGUCGUGGCUUGAUGAUCACCCGGACGAGGUGGUCACUUUGCUCCUAACGAAUGGGGACAACCUACCCGUGUCGCGAUUUGACGAGACAUUUGCCGAGGCGGACAUAAAGGAGUAUGUGUUUGUGCCGGAACCCUCGUCGGAGGUGCUAUCCAUGGACUCAUGGCCGACCUUUGGACAGCUGAUUAGCAAAGGCACCCGGCUUGUGGUUUUCCUGGAUUAUGGCGCCGAUGUCAGCAAAGUUCCGUAUAUCCUCGAUGAAUUCGCUUACUACUUUGAGACCCCAUUCGAUGUGACUGAUCGCUCGUUCUCAAACUGCAGCGUCGAUCGGCCGCCUGGUGCAAAACCCGAUGGGCGCAUGUAUAUAGUCAACCAUUUCCUGGACGUGGAUAUAUUGGGAGUGCUGAUCCCGGAUCGUAUCCGUGCUCCUAAGACUAAUGCUGUCUCCGGGGAGGGCAGCAUCGGAGCCCAGGCUGAUCUGUGCCAAUCCGAACAUAGUCGACUGCCCAAUGUAGUCCUUUUGGAUUUUGUCGAUCAGGGUAAAGUGAUGGAGGCACAAGAUAAGCUUAAUGGACUGUAG